UGCUGCCAAAGAGGAAGUGAGCUGGGGCUGGAGCGAUGGCCCGGGUUUGGAGCCCGCGGCCGCUGCCGCCGCCACCACCACCAGCAAGUUGGGAGCAGCUGCGGUUGCAGCCGGAGCGGGGGCUGGAGUCGCGGCUGGAGUGGAGGCGGCGCGUGUGAGUUGCCGAGAGUUGCCAGAACACCUCAAACUCUGGGCGGGAGCGCUUCAGGUGGGCUGAGCCGCCGUCGCCCCUCCGCACCGCCCUACCCCCCAGGCCCAGACAGCAAGGCUGGGGUCUCCCAGGUGCGGAACUGGCACUUGGCAGGCUGAGCCCUCCGAGCCGUGCUCUAGGCCUUCCUCAGUCUCGGGCCCCCUUCAAACUCAAGGCGGAGGCCGAAGAACGGUGAUCACCCUAAGACCCCGUCAUUUUCUUGGCGCCCAAGCUGUGUCGGGGUUGCAGCGGCUGCGAGCCCCCUUCUGCUGCCGCCUCUCCAGCUAGGGAGCGACUAGCGCGUUCUCACUGUCUAGCUCUUCACCUCCCCCUUUUCUCCCAUUCAAGAACAAGUUUCUUUUCGCUCUCUACUGGAAGUCCCCCGGAAGGCCAAAACACCCAUCGGUGUGUCUUUCCUCAGCUCCUGGAGCACACUUAGAAAUAUUACAUACCUAUCGGAAGAUAAAGGUUGCUCCCCUUACCACCCUCUUAUCUGAGACUCCAUGCCCAGAGCCUUACCCAUUUUUAUCACCAGCUGCCUGGCCAUCUCUGUGUGACUUCCCCCACCCAUCUGAGUUCCACUUUCCUCUGGGCUCCAAUCUCUAGCCCCCAGUGGAUCUGGUCAGUCCCACCCCUGGGUGGGACUGACCCAGGGCUCUGGCCCAAAUUCCCCACCCUGGAAGGCAGCUCCAAGGUAGCAAGAGAAUUGGGCAUCGGGUACGACCCUGGCAGCUCAGGAGUGGGUGCACCACUCACCCCACACAAAAAGAUGAAGAAGCGCAAAGAGCUCAAUGCAUUGAUCGGCUUGGCUGGGGACAGUCGGAGAAAGAAGCCCAAGAAAGGCUCAGGCCACCGCCUCCUUCGCACUGAGCCUCCUGACUCAGACUCUGAAUCCAGCUCCGAGGAGGAAGAGGAAUUCGGUUUAGUUGAAAAUCGCUCUCGUUUUGUCAAGGGAGACUAUUUACGAUGCUGCAAGAUCUGUUAUCCCCUCUGUGCUUUUGUCAUCCUUGCCGCCUGUGUUGUGGCCUGCGUUGGCUUGGUGUGGAUGCAAGUUGCCCUGAAGGAGGAUCUGGAUGCCCUCAAGGAAAAAUUUAGAACAAUGGAAUCUAAUCAGAAAAGUUCAUUCCAAGAAAUUCCCAAACUUAAUGAAGAACUACUCAGCGAACAAAAACAACUCGAGAAGAUUGAAUCUGGGGAGCUGGGCUUGAACAAAGUCUGGAUAAACAUCACAGAAAUGAAUAAGCAGAUAUCUCUGUUGACUUCUGCAGUAAACCACCUCAAAGCCAACGUUAAGUCAGCUGCAGACUUAAUUAGUCUGCCUGCCACUGUAGAGGGACUUCAGAAGAGUGUAGCUACCAUUGGCAACACUUUAAACAGCGUCCAUCUUGCUGUGGAGGCAAUACAGAAGACUAUCGAUGAACACAAGAAAACCAUUGAGUCAUUGCAGAGUGACAUGAAUCGGCACUUCUUGAAAGAGACCAGUGGAAGCAACCAGAUCAUUCCAUCACCUUCGGCUACAUCAGAAUUUGACAAUAAAACCCACAGUGAGAAUUUGAAACAGGAUAUCCUGUACCUUCACAACUCUUUAGAGGAGGUAAACAGUGCCCUAGUGGGGUACCAGAGACAGAAUGAUCUUAAACUCGAGGGGAUGAAUGAGACGGUCAGUAACCUUACCCAGAGAGUCAACUUGAUAGAAACAGAUCUGGUUGCUGUGAGCAAGGUAGAAAAGCAAGCGAACCUGUCCCUCAGCAUGAAAGAAGAUAGUUCAGAUUCUCAAGUAUCCAAGCUAAGAGAAAAACUACAGCUGAUCAGUGCUCUCACAAACAAACCCGAGAGCAACAGGCCUCCAGACACCACUAACAAAGAGCAAAUACAGAGUUUCACAUCAAAGCCGUCGGCAUUGCCAAAAUUCCCACAGUCUCUUGGAGAUGAAACUGAGAAAGCUGUGCAGCUGAGACCUAUUGCCCUACCAGGAAUUUCUAGCAUCAAAGAUCUUCAGGAUUUAUUCCACAAGACUGGCCAGGACAUGGAUGGGAAACUGACCUACCAGGAAAUCUGGAACUCCUUAGGUUCUGCUGUGCCAGAACUAGAGACUUUGAGAGCAUUUGAUUCUGAUGGCGAUGGAAGAUACUCUUUCCUGGAGCUAAGGGUAGCUUUAGGUGUCUAGCCUCGUCAGGCAUCUUUUAGAAAUGGGUACAUACCCAGGACUACCUAAUACCUACUCACCUAACACAAACAGCCCAUCGAUCCUCCAGUCCUCCAAACUACUGUAGCAGACUCAUUGCCACCUUUUAACUUGUUUGAAAAAGCUAUAAAGAAAAGUUAUUUUUUUAAAAAAGAAGGCCAUGUUACCUAUAUGAUAUUUAGAAAUCUAUGAUUUCCUACAACCAGUAAGAUCUUAAUUUCAAAAUUGCCAGGAAAAAAGUCAAGCCCUCUUUUUUUUUCUCUUUCCUUUUUUUUUUAGGGAAGGAAACCUUAUCUUUUAAAACUGGAAAGUGUGUAUAUAGAGAGAAUAAGCCACCUUUUAUAUUUCACAUAAAUUUGCCUUAAAUUAGCUGCACUUUAUACAGACUCAGAAAAUGUCUUUCUUUUAAAAGCUAGACCUUUUCUGUUUGUAAAUAUUUAAAAUGAAAGAAAGAAUUGUGCAUAUUUUGUGGGAAGUCGGAAGAAUGGUUUGAAACAGGCUGUGAACAAAUGACUUGUUAUUAAAAAUCGCUAAUGUUGGUAACAGCUGAAGCUGUGUCCAUGUCUCCUUAAGGCACCUCCUUCAGGUGCUGCUGUGGGGUUUGCCUUGGAGGCUGGAGGAAUAGAUUUGGGGAGGUGACCCUGUAAGGACAGUGCUGCCUCCUGGCUCAGAAAAGUAAGAUUCUGGCUGUUUGUUCCUGUCCCCUCAGCUGAUCCCAACCUGUGAACCAGAGAAGCCUUGUUGGGGGUUUUUUCACUUUUAAUCCUAUUUCAGGGUUUAUGAGCAUAAACAGUUAUGCAUUGGGGAGCUACAUUUUCCCCACUGAGUGAGCUCGAUUAUCUUCCCCCACCCUCCCACUCAAACCUCUCUUAGCUGUAGCUGGCGGCCGCCUCUGGUGCAGGCUCCAUUCUGAAUGGCAGGGCUGCGCUCCUCAGCUCACUGUCUCCGCCCGGCUACCCAGGAGGGGCUUUAGGGCAUAGCUUUGCCCCUCAUUGUGACCAGGAAACUCCUUGACGUUUUACCUGGAGGCCUACCAAGAAGAACGUAGUAUGUUCCUCUGUGGGCUAAAGCCAAAGGGGUUGUGAAAUGCAGCACAUGAAAUCACAUCAGGUUCCCUUACAGGUGUCAGCUCAGAAGUAGCUAGAGGCAUUGUGUCCAGAGGAUGCCGAACCAUAUCAAGUAGGCCUGGAGCAGGGGGGCAUCACACGAUGGCAGCAAGGUUUUUCAAAUCUCUUAACAAGCAAGUGUACUACUCUUCCCUUUAAAUACUUCCGUAGGCCUGGUACGAAAGGUCCCAGACCGGAAGGAAUCACACGUCUGUGUCACCUGUGUGUGUGCUGUGCUGUUCUUAGACGCAGGCUUUGGGCAACACGAAAGGAAGAAUGUCGUGGAACUUAACUGUUCUAUAUAUAGGCCAAGUCAGGGAGAAACUAGAGCUUUCAUGGCACAGACUUUAGUAGAGCUUGUUUCCAUUUUCACUUCAUCCAAGUUCCCCUGUUACCAGGGAUGCCAUCGAGCACCUUUAAACAUUUAAGGGCUGGUUUUUUUCUUUAUGUAGUGUUCAGUUUAGUGUUGGCUAACUUUGACUUUUUUUCUGAAAGUAUUAACAUUUAGUUAAAGCAAGAUGAAGUCUUUCCCCAUGAAUGUGUCUGCUUACCUCAUUUGGCUUAUGCUUCUCUUUUUAAAAAAAAACAACAUUUUUUUGUCUACCUGAGCUAUUUCUCUUUCUUGGAAAGGUUAAAAUAGAGCAUAAAGUUAGCCUGGCACUUUAGGUAACUUGAAGACCACUCUUUUUCUUCUGGCUGCCUUCCUUGCACCUCCCCCCUUUUUAAAUAUAUAUACCCUUAUAGAUUUUGUAACAACCAAAUAAAAUUCUAGCAAUAAAUUGAACUAUACUGCUAUAUUUGUAUAUACUGUACCAUAAAUAGUAUGUCUGUACCUGGAAGGUAUUUUUUUGAGAACUGAUUUAUAUGAAAUAUACUUGAGGGUAAUGUAGCUUGCCCAUUUUAGUUUCAAAUUCUUAAUUCAUAGGCAGAUACUCUGAGGACCGCUUAAGUCUUUGUUGUCUGUACUUUUCUUUUGUAUCAGAUAGCUACACCUGGAGAAGGCAGUUUUGUUUUUCAGUUUCUCACCUGUUUGUCCCACCUCGAGCUCAGCUGGUUCGCAUCAUCCUGGAGCUAGCUGGACCGUGCCACUUGCUGUCACAUCAGGCAGAGGUCUUCUGACCACACUCUCAGACUGACUACCCUUGCCGUGCUGCUGCCCUAGCUUCCAGGCAGAACGAGGGCAUCAGGUUGAGGAGAUCCAUUGGCUUAAGAGUUUGAUGAGCCUAUUCUUCAGUGUUUAUUUGGGAGUUUUAUUUGGAAGUUGUCUGAACUUCCCCAACCUGUGACUUUUGAGCUGUACUCAAGCCUCCUUGCCUCCUAUCUCAGCUCUGAGAGGAAGAUUGGGUUUUGAUGUUUGUUUCGAAUACUUUCACCUUUUCACCCUGGCAGCUUCUGCUGAGGCUUUCUUAAGUGACCCAAAGCACAGCUUCUCGGUCCUUCUUUUCUUUUGCCUGUACUGUCUGGGAUAAUGUUUACUUCAAGAGCCUCCCUAUAAAUCAGAGGACCAAAAAGGUGUUCUAGGAAGAGAAGAAUCAAAGGAAUAGAGAACCUGGCUUAGGGAUAAGGGUAAUGUCCUCUUAAGGGCAGAGAGGGACCUGGCACCUAGGACAGUACACCCUUCACCUGCUGCUGGCUACUUUUCCUGCCAGUGGUGUUUCCUCACUUUAUGUUGCUUUGCUAGACGCAACUCCGUUGCCCCCACUUCCCACUGCUGGUCUUGCGGUCACAGUUGAAGACUUUGACUGUGAUGGGCUCAUACUCAUAAUGGCCUGCUGUUGAGUUGUUUUUAGUGACAGCUUUUGUUUGCUACACACCUCAUUGGCUUACUUACCAACACCAGCUAGAUGUGGUCCCUUCUUUCAUAUCCAAACCAGAACACAUUUGGGUAUUCCUGAGACUUUAUAGAGUGUGUAUUGUUUGUUAUACGAACCUAACCUACCUUGUUGUUUUCUCAUAUUAAGAAAUGUAAAUCUACUUUGCUUUAGUGGAGCUAUUUUGGUAAUGUAUGAGCAAUUUUGGUUCUGUUUGGAGAGUGAAUUCAAGGUCUCUAUGACUUGAGCUUUGCUUACUUCAUAUCAGUAAUACAGCUAUUUUAAUUUAUCUAAAUAAAACAUUUCCUUUUUCUCCCAG